AUCAAGAAUAAUUCAACUUGGACAAUGUAGGGAUAUAAAAGGAUAUGCGUGGCUAUUUUACUUGCUAUUAGACAUAUUACACAUAUACCCAUUGUUCACUUGAGUUACCUUCUCUAUACUUUUGUCAUUUUUGGCAGUUCAAGGAUCCCAAACAUAACAAUAAUAAGGGGAAAUAUGUCUUGGAUAGGUGGGGGAGAAAGACAUCUAAUGAAACUGAAAGACAAGGAAUUGGAGGAAGAGAGAGAAAGGGAAAUAAAAAUGGAGGGAAAAUCAACUCAAGAUCGCCCAACAACAAAGAUCAUUAAGCACUUUACACACACCCAUCCCCUGAUUUGUAUUGAUACAGACUAUGCACGAUUUGUCUGUGACGUUUGUAAUUGCAAGGGGCGCGGAAAGAGAUACCACUGUGCCCAAUGCGACUUUGAUCUGCACAAGACUUGUGCGGAAAGCCCAAUCGUCUGGCUCUUACACAAGAUGCCCCCUGAAGACAUAGAAAAGUUUGGGAUCCUCCAUGACAUCGAUGAUUCUUUCGCUCAUCCCAAUCACUUGCUGAAGGCGGAGUACAGACAUCAUCCUUUCAGCUGCAACCAUUGCAACAAUGUAGGGGAUGGUCUUAGGUAUCACUGUGAUGCAUGUAAUGUGACGUUCCACGAGGUUUGUGCUCAGCACCCAACCAGGUUAGCAUCACACCUGCACCCCCAGCAUGAGCUUGAACUGAAGCUCAGGCCAAGUGCACAGGGAAUACAUUGUGAACUAUGUGGAAACAAAGGGAAGGCCAGCAACAAUAGAGUGUACACAUGCUAUGAGUGUAACUUUUUCGUGCACCCUCAGUGCAGCCAGUUGCCACUCUACUUGCUUCACCCGCUACACCCUCCCCAUCCACUGUUGCUUAAGAGAUCACGCAGUGAUUAUCGUUGCUCUGCAUGUUCGAGAUGGAAGACUGAUGAAUGUAAGUAUAGCUGUACACGAUGUGCACUUGAGUUUGAUCUUACUUGCAUCAUGGAGAAGUCAAUACUUGGUCUAGGUGAUGUAGUAAGACACAAUUACACAGAAAAUAUGAUCAAGAUGCUGCCAGUGGCAAAUUUAACUUCUUCAUACGCACCUAAACGAGAUCCCCCUUCACCAAUAGAUUAUUACAAUGCCCACAAUCAUCCAUUAGAUGUUAUGGAGGUCCUGUUUAGACCUAGAGAGUAAGCAUCCAAUUAACCACCCGGUUAAUCUCCAUGUGCUUUCUAUUCUAUUCCUUGUUAGAAAAGUUUGAAUGUCUUAAAAUUCAGAAACUGUUGCAUGAUAUUCGAAAAUCAUGGUACCAUCUCAAAACAAGAACAUUAUGAGAUGCGAAGGAUUAAGGAAUAUCAUUGGAAGCACAUAGCUGCAUCCUCUAUCUUAUGAUGUAAAAUACUGAUUCUAUUUUUUUCAAGAUUUGUUAGAGCUUUCUGGAUUGAUUAGUGGUUUUUAAAAUCAGUAUUACACAAUAUGAAAGAUAUGUAUAUAUAUUAAAGAAUGCUUCUGUAUUAAUGACUUGGUCUAAGUUCUCCUCCUCAACUUUUUCGCUUUCGAUAACAUAACAAGCAGUCAAGCAAUACAUAGCUUGUUUUUUAUGUUUCUUUCAUGUUUUCUUUUUUUAAUACAUAGCUUCUAAUUACUAUGGUGACUAUUCUUCAGCUAGCUAGCUAUGAUAGUUUAAAAUUAUGAAAUGGUUGAAAAUGGAUUAAAAGUCCAAAACACAUUGAGGGCAUCUGUGUGUGUUACACAAAUACAUGUCAAUAUCACUCUAAUCCCUUCAAAUUUGACCCAGAUUCUACAUUUGAGCACAUAUGCUAAUACCAAUGAGAACUUGUGGAAUUGCUUGUCAU